AUGGUAACGAAAAUUGAAAAUAAAGAUAAGCCGAAUUUUUUACUAAUAAUUAGUGAUGAUUUAGGGUUCACUGAUAUUUCUCCAUUUGGUGGAGAAAUUUAUACACCUAAUCUUGAUAAAUUAGCAAAAUCACAAGGUAUUAGAUUUACUGAUUUUCAUACUGCUAGUGCUUGUUCACCUACUAGAUCUAUGUUAUUAAGUGGUACAGACAACCACAUUGCAGGACUUGGUCAAAUGGCGGAAUUUGCCGUGAAACAUGACCGCUUUAAAAAUAAACCUGGUUAUGAAGGUUAUUUAAAUGAUAAAGUUGCCCCAUUACCUGAAAUUUUAAAAGAUAAUGGUUAUUUCACUUGGUUAUCUGGUAAAUGGCAUUUAGGUUUAAAAAGCGAAUAUUGGCCAGUAAAUAGAGGAUUUGAAAAAAGUUGGACUUUAUUACCUGGAGCUGGAAAUCAUUAUAAACGAAUAAUUAGAGAUCCAAUUACAAAAAAACAAAUUCCAUUUUUACCUGCUUUAUAUGCUGAAAAUGAUUUAGAAUUAAACCCUGAAGAAGAUUUACCUGAAGAUUUUUAUUCAACAACUACUUUUGCAAAUAAAGCUAUUGAAUUUAUUGAUGAAACUCCUAAAGAUAAACCAUUUUUUGGAUUAUUAACUUUCACCGCUCCACAUUGGCCAUAUCAAGCACCACAAGAUAGAAUUGCCAAAUAUAAAGGUGUUUAUGAUGGUGGACCCGAAGAGUUAAGAAGGAGAAGAUUGCAAAAAGCUAAAGAAUUGGGAAUUUUUAAUGAUGAAAUUAUACCACAUCCAAUUAAAACAACACGUAAAACAUGGGAUGAAUUAACUAAAGAAGAGAAAGAAAUCGAAAGUAAAAUUGUUGCCACUUAUGCUGCAAUGGUUGAAAUUAUAGAUGAAGAAGUUGGUAGAAUUUUAAAACAUUUAGAAGAUAAAGGUGAAUUAGAUAAUACAUUUAUUUUAUUUACUUCUGAUAAUGGUGCUGAAGGUCAAUUAAUGGAAGCAUUACCUUUAACAAAUGAAAAAUUUAAUGUUAAUAUAAAACAACAUUUUAAUAAUGCAUUAGAAAAUAUCGGUAAUAAAGAUUCCUUUGUAUAUUAUGGUGAUCAAUGGGCCCAAGCAGCAACAGCACCACAUGCCAUGUAUAAGAUGUGGUCAACUGAGGGUGCAAUAGUUUGUCCAUUAAUUUUAAGAUAUCCACCAUUAACAGAUACUAGAAAAGGUGAAAUUUUAAAUCAAUUUACUACAGUUAUGGAUAUUUUACCAACUGUUUUAGAAUUGGCAAAUGUUGAACAUCCUGGUGAAAAGUAUAAAGGUAGAAAGGUUGCAAUUCCAAGAGGUAAAUCAUGGGUAAAGUAUUUAAAAGGAGAUUUAUCAUUCGUUCAUGAUGAAAACACAGUUACAGGAUGGGAAUUAUUUGGUCAACAAGCAAUUAGAAAAGGUAACUAUAAAGCUGUUUAUAUCCCAAAACCAUUUGGUCCUGAAAAAUGGCAAUUAUUUAAUAUAAUUGAAGAUCCUGGUGAAACAAAAGAUUUGUCUGAAUUAGAACCAAAAAUAUUAGAAUCAUUAUGUGAUGAUUGGGCUAUUUAUGCAUCAGAAACUGGAUUAAUUGAAUUAGGCAGUGAUUUGUUUGAAGUUGAAAAGAUAACAGGAGAUGAAGAAGUGUUUUAUAGAACUUUAGAAGAUAAAUAG